AUGAAAGAAGAGUCGAAUACAGAAAGGACUGUUGAUCAAAUUAAGACAAAGGUGAAGAAGCUGCGAAGUGGAUAUGUAAAAUUGAAGGACAGAAUGAAAACAUCUGGAUCCGAACACCCAUACUUCUCAAGCGCUCUUAGCAGCGUGGAAAAAAUGGCUUUAAAGCACUGGGACUUGCUGGAUGGAAUUCUCGGUACUAGGCCGGUUAAUGAUCCUCCUGAGGAUCAGUUGUUUCAAAGUGAAAGUGUGGUACAGACAGAAGACUCUGGACAGGAUUGUACUGGUCAAUUGGUCACUGGUGUACAUGCUACUAAUCAUCAUGCUGCUGAUCUCGAUGUUGCUGAUCAUGAUGCUGCUGGUCACGAUGCUGCUGUACAAAAUACAAGAAAAAAGAGCUGGAAAAUCAAUUCAAAGACGAUCCAAUAA